CCAAAAGCUCAAACAACACACAAAUUAUCAUUCAUUCAUGUCUUCCUCACCCAACAACAAUAGAGCCUUAAUGGCUCUCUCAUUAUUCUUACAUCUUUUCCUAAUUAGUCUUUCCAUUACACAAGCUCAAGUUCCUCAAAAUGCUACUUUUCAAUUUGUUAAUGAAGGCGAAUUUGGUCCAUACAUUGUUGAAUAUGGUGCAGAUUAUCGUCCUAUAGGCAUUAACAACUCACCAUUUCAAGUAUUUUUCUAUAACACUACUCCUAAUGCCUUUACCCUUGCCAUUCGGAUGGGCACUCAACGAGCUGAAGCGCUUCGUCGAUUUGUUUGGGAGGCCAACCGAGACAAUCCCGUUGGCGAAAACGCUACACUCACUCUUGGAGUUGAUGGAAACCUUGUUCUAGCUGAUGGUGAUGGUAGAGUGGCUUGGCAAACCAACACAACCAAUAAAGGUGUUGUUGGCCUUGAACUACUUCCAAAUGGUAACAUGGUUUUGUAUGACUCAAAAGGUCAUUUUGUUUGGCAAAGUUUUGAUUACCCAACUGAUACUAUUUUAGUGGGCCAAGCUUUACGAGCUGGAGCUAAAUACAAGCUUGUAAGUCGUCUCUCUGAAAAGGAGAACAAAAAUGGGCCUUAUAGCAUGGUAUUGGAGCCCAAAACACUUGCUCUCUAUUACACAAGUAAGAACUCUCAAAGGCCUUUGCUUUACUAUGACUUCUCAUCAUUUGCUGGCAGCACAUUUCAAAACCCUCCAAUGAACUUGACGUUACAAGCUGAUUCUGACCCUUAUGAUGGUUUUGCUUACGACAUGUUGUUUUCACCCUUAAAUGGUGGGGGUUACUUAUUUACAAGACCCAACUACAACAGUACAUUGUCAUUCUUAAGGCUUGGAAUAGAUGGAAAUGUUAGACUCUAUACGUACUAUGACAAAGUGGAUUGGAGAGCAUGGGAAGAAACUUUCACUCUUUUCGAUAGACAACAAAGUCGGGGUUGGGAGACUGAGUGUCAAUUGCCUGGACGAUGUGGGACUUUUGGAGUUUGCGAAGAUGAUCAAUGUGUUGCCUGCCCUUCGGAGAAUGGACUUUUGGGUUGGAGCAAGAAUUGUGAGCCUAAAAAAGUAAAGUCUUGUAAAUCAAGUGAGUUUCACUACUACAAAAUUGAGGGAGUUGAUCAUUUUAUGAGUAAGUACACUAAAGGUAGUGCAAUCAAGGAAAGUGAUUGUGGCAAUAAGUGCACUAUGGAUUGCAAGUGUUUGGGUUACUUUUAUCACAAACAAGCCUCAAGAUGUUGGAUUGCAUAUGAUUUGAUGACUUUAACCAAAGUUGACAACUCCACCCAUGUGGGUUACAUCAAAACACCUAAUUAAUUAAUUACUAUUAUUAUUAUGAUUAUUAAAUUUAAGUGUGUGUAGUUUGUUUGUAGUAAUGCUUAUUUGGGAAUAAAGUGUAUCCAACACAUGUUGAAUAGUUUGAUUGAAUAUAUAAUUUGAGUCUUUUGAAUG